UAAAACUGAGCAUCCGCUAAGCGUUCCGAUUCAGUGAUUUGUGCAUCCCCUAUCUGCGGCAUCCUUUUAAAAAACCGCCACCUUCGGGAAUCCCGGGCCGGAUCUGCGAUCAUGUUCAGAGAAAUGAAUAUCCUGAUAAUCGCCGAAUUGUUUAUCCUCAACCACGUGUCCUACGUGUUGAGUAGACAACUGAAUUUCACGAUAAUUAAGAAGAGCUUUAAUCCUGAGCUCAAUUACCAGGACUAUUUACGUGACAUACCGGUGGCGAGAGACGUCUCUCAUCUGCCGAAGGAAUAUUAUGAUGCCGAAAAUGCAAUAAGGGAAUUGCAGCAGCUAAACAGAGAUAACAGAAAUUUGAUGCCCGAAUAUCGCAAUCUAUGCGAAACAGUAACGAAAAGAGUGGACCUUAUUGAUUCUGAAUACGAAUAUCAACCCCCGUAUUAUCAUGAGGUCUACUGUAAGGGCUAUUCAUUGUUGAGCGAAGAUGAACGAAUAGUGAAACAAUUGCAACAAAAAUGCGCUCAUCCGGCAUUCCACUGCGUGCAGAGAAGUCGAAUUUUGACUUUCGUUAAACGAAGUUGGGAAAAUGAAUGUUGGGAACCAUAUACAAUAGAAAUCCCCAGCGGUUGUGACUGCAUGUGGCCGGUUACUAAUCUUGGCGAGAUAAGCCAACAUUAUUGAUUUAAUAGUAAAGU